UACUGAACGAAAACAAAAACUUACACAACAAUCCACACACCGCACGCAAUUCUUCUCGUGCACGAAAACCACAUAAUUUUAUAAUGUUUCCAGUGAAAAUGCUUCAUUUUCGGCGUUUGCCAUCCACAACCGUCGGCCAGUGCUUUACCCUCGUCCGGUCGUUCACAGGCGGCAUCACACAAUGGGCCAAAAAGGCGGAACAGCUCGAAAGUGAAGAGCCGGCGGCAGAAGAGCUGCCGGUAACCUUCGUGGACGAUGAUGCCGAAUCGACUGAAGCGCGUGAAGCCCGGAUAGCGACACUGCGGAACAAAUCCCGACUGUUGCCCCAGCACCGGAACAUGCUGCAUGGUGUGCUGCCGUACGAACAGUCCCAGUCCUGGAUACACGACACGGUCAAGUACAAGCGCAUGAUGCUGGGCCGGUACGGCAUCGAUGGAAGCAAGGUGGAUCCACGAGUUUGCUUCCCGACGAAAAAGGAAGCAUACGAGAGAGCGGAAUACGAGCGUGUUGCAUUCCCCUUCAGCCUGAAGCAAAUGAUGGAUGCGAACGAGUCGGAACGGAAGGCGCGCAAGGCGCAGAUAGAGGCCCGCGAGGCGGAAGUCGCCCGGAAGCUAGAAAAGCUGGACCAGUGGACGGCGGAUCUGAACGCGCGCAUCGCCAAGAAGGAGGCGGAAGCGCGGGCCGCCAAGGAGCGGAAGGAUCGGCUGGUGGAGGAGGUGCGCAGACACUUUGGCUUUAAGGUGGAUCCGCGCGACGAGCGGUUCCAGGAGAUGUUGGCCCUGAAGGAGCGCGAAGAUCGCAAGAAGGUGAAGGAGGCGAAGCGAAAGGAAAAGGAGGAGAAAAUGAUGGAAAAGCUGCAGAAAAAGACGGCCCAGCUCGAGGCGGACAUUGAGGUGCCGAGCGGCGACAAGACGAAGCAAUAAAAAAAAACAAGUCAUCCGUGUCGUCGAUAGUGAGAGAACUCCCCACA